AUGGGUUUUGUUAUCCUAUCGAAGAGCGACAAGGAAUGGGAGCAUUACCGACUGGCAUUUGAAGCUUGCGCUAUGGCGUCGUUCAUCAAUGAGACCGGCGGUCAGCUUGAAUACAAAAGCUUGACUAUUGAGACAUACAAUAAAGCGCUGAUGGCGAUGCAUAGCGCACUUCAAGAUCCAGGUGUCGUUUGUGAGGAUGCAACCUUGGCUGCAGUUUUACUUCUAGCGCUGUUCGAAUGCUUAAAUCCUACGACUGGGGAGCAAGAAAGCUGGCGCAAUCACGUACAGGGUGCUAUUGAGUUAGCCCGAGGACGCGGUCGGAAGCAGAUUGACACCCGAAUUGGACAAAUGCUAUUCAGGGCAACCCGCACUUUAAUGGUAAUAUAUAGUCUCGCAACACUAGAAGACGAAAAGGAGAAAGAGCUCUGGUGGUCCGGAGACGAUGAAUGCACUUCGACCCAAAAGCUUUGCGUUGGAGUGGCUUCGCUUAGCGCAAAGGCUACGGUCCUUCUUGGUCCGUCCGGACAUAAAGAGGAAGUCGAAGUCGAAGUCAUGCUUAAGCGGUGUCAAGCUCAUGAUCGAGCUUGCAAAGCCAGGUGGGAGGAGUUGUCAAAGAGUACACAGGGCAUUAGCUCUGACAACACGGACCCCUGGCUGCUGAUGCUUCUGAAUAUGCUGACAUGUGCACGAAUCCUCCUGAACUCAAUCAUUAUGAGAUGCGCGACCUGGACUUACAAGGUCCCCAAUUAUCAAACCUCUGAAGAGUAUGAUGGCGCCUGUUCUGCUCUGACGGAAAUUAUUCUUCACAGUGCCAAGGUCAACGAACAGCAACUCUGCAGGGCCGAAGAAGCGCAGUCCUCGUUUGCGGAACUCGACGUUCAAUUACAGCCUGGGCGGGAUUCGAGCAGAUGCGCCAUCAACAAGUGGAUAGAAGAUAAUAGGAGCCUCUGGGAAGAGAAGCCGCUGGUAGGGCUACAACCGUUAGCUGUUAUCUGGUCUUUAGAAUGCCUCAACGACGACCAGAAAAUCGCCAUCGAUACCCAAUUACGACGCAUCGUUGGUUGUACGGUGGAUCAAAUACGCCGUUCGCCAUCCUAUACUACUGAGGCGUGCACACGACCUUCGCCCAGUCUUUCCGAACCCGCAACGGAUACUCCCGAGGCUGGUUCGCGAGAUUCUUCCCCAGCUUCCACGGGACGCUUUCGGUACACGCAACAGGAUGAUGACACUUUACUUGAACUUUCGAACGAAGGCAUCCCGUGGCGUGAAAUCCGAGACCGCUUUCCCAAACGCCCUGACAGUUCUUUAAAGACUCGUUUAUGGACAUUAAGAAAUUGUCAGCUCACUGCUGAUGAGGAUCGUCUGCUUAUUCGACUAAAAGAGGAAGAACAUUGUUCCUUCAGAGAUAUUGCCCCAAAAAUGCGCCGCCACCGGGCUCUUGUGUCGAAUCGCUACAAUCAAUUACGACGUAACCGUGCAAUGAAUAAUUAA